GAUACGCUGGAAAGGAAAAGGUACAAAAUGAUCCCUAUAAUUAAGGAAAACGACAUAGGGAUCGGAUCACAACAAAGACGGUAGUGAAAAGCUUUGAGUCGACGUCAACCUUCACAAUAAUGACAAGCAAGCUUUCUUUAACUAAUUAUGUCCCUUGGAUGCCCAUUGACAAGCCUACAGCUUCCCGGCGAGGUGCGACAGUGUCGUUGGUGCCGUUACCUGUUACUGCCACGACUUCCCCUGGCCUCUCUUGUGCAAGGCUAGCUUCAGGAGAUGAUCUCCCCAUCCCCAUUAUUCUGUGAGCAAUCUGCUCUCCUUCCUUCUCCAAGUAUGCACAAAACACACUGCAUGCCUUCUAUGAGAUUUGGCUUACUAGCCGCGGCGGUGGAGCCUUGAAUUUUCAACUCUAAAGCUAUUGCUCUUGCUAGUUGAAUAUUUCCCCUGGCGUCAAUCCAAACCUAUAAACCAGCGUUAGUACGUACAUAUUCUGACUGCCCCUUUGACACGUUGCAUGUAAGGGUCUGUUUCAAUUUUUCUCAUAUAAUUGAACUCGGUCGGUCUCCUUCUUCCGAAACCUCCAGUUUGUGAAUGUUACACUCUUCUAGUCACCCGCAACCCUCAUCCUCCAUCACGAUCCCUUUUCUUGAGAGUCAGACGACAUGCAUGGCAAAAAGAACCAAGCUUGGUGAUCGAGGAAGAGUGAAUCUACAUCCGAAACAACUUGCUCGACGGUAGAUAAGGAAUUGGGGGGACUUUUCACUCCCUUGCCAUGGAAGCAUCUUCUCCUUAUAUGAACCAGCUGUGGUUCGUCUUCUUCGUCAAGGUCGAGUGGUGUGGCGAUUCAUUUCUGGCCAAGGAGUUGACAAGGACUACUGCCAUCACGACUCCUCGCCUAGCUUGUUUUGGUUGUGGUGCGCUUGUCGCACCCUUCUCCUAUGACUCAACGUUGAUCGGCGUCUCAAGACCGGCGUCACGUAAAUCUUUCGCUCUGGCCACCAUCAUCAAAUCCAGCCUGAGGUCGUGCGCCUUCUACAACAUAGAGCUCUCACUCGGAGGGGUUACGGUGCUAAUUGUACAAUAGUUAGCACCGUCCUAACCAAGGGAAAAACUAAUACUAGUUUGAAUUAGUAGUGAUUUAGCUUAGAUGUUGUAUUGAUUUUAUAAUAAUCCGUAGUGAUUUUUGCUAAUUAUCACGGUGCUAACCCUUAUAGGGGUUAGCACCUAAUCCCAUCCCCUCUCACUCUCGUAUGCUGCUACUUUGGUGGUUGCCAUCCCGGGCCUCAGUGAUGGAGCAAUGACAGAGAUCUCAAUUCGCAACGCUUCCUGUGUAAGCAACCCCAGGCUCUUUGGCCAUGACUACCUGCACCUCGACCUUCACUACAAAAAAUAGUAGGUUUAGGGACAACAAAAAUCGUCCCCGGAAAUAGACAAAAUAGUCCCCAUAGUUUUUAGGAACGAUUUUGUUGUCCCCAAUAUUUCGUCCCCUAUACGCUUGUCCUCUAUUCUUUUGGGUACAACAAAUAUCUAGAUCGUCCACAAUAUUAGGGAUGAUAGUCGUCCUCAGUACUUACAAGUUGUUAUCUCAUUUUUUUUUUAUGAAAGACGAUAUGUCAUCCUCAUAGCUACAACUGUGAUGUCAAGAAGUCGUCCCCAACAAUAUUUUAAAAAAUAAAAAAUAUCGUUCCCUUUUCUGUAGGGACAACAUGUUGUACUCAUAAGAGUCGAAUUCGUGUCAACAAAUCGUCAUAAAUAAUUUUAUUUAAGGACA